UCUAUUUUGAGGAAGUUUCAAGACUGCGGACGUUGUCUGCUUCAUUUGCAUGAUAUUGCUAGCCAGUGUGACUUUCAAGUAACUUUCAAGCUAGAAAGUUACUGUAAAGAUAUCUUAUAUUGGCCACCAAAUGCAAGUUAAUAGGAUUGGUUGAGACGUGUCUCACUUUCAGGAUGUUGCUCUGGUUCCUGCUGGGCUUCCUUUGUGGCUGCUCCUCAUUGGCUGCUGUGCCGCAGACAGGAACUGAUGUUAACAGCACUACCCCUCCCCCGGUGCUUCUGGUGUCGUUUGAUGGCUUCCGAGCCGACUACCUCAAGAGAUUCUCCCUCCCUAACCUGGAGAAACUCUACUCCCAGGGUGUCCUAGUGGAACAGCUCACCAAUGUUUUCACCACCAAGACCUUCCCCAAUCACUACAGUCUGGUGACAGGGCUGUAUGCGGAGUCCCAUGGGAUUCUGGCCAGCAGCAUGUAUGACCCGGCGACCCACAAGAAAUUCAGCCCCUCCCAGGAUAGCGACCCGUUCUGGUGGAAUCAAGCGGAGCCCAUCUGGCUCCACGCGCUGGAUUACGGGUUGUCGACGGCGGCGAUGAUGUGGCCUGGUUGUGACGUACAUAUCAGAAACCGCACUGCCACACACUUCCAGAACUACACUUCUACCAUGACCUUUCAGCAACGCCUGGGCCUUGUUGUCAAGUGGUUGCUAGGUGAUGAGAAGGAGAAAGGAGUGUCGUUUGCGGCCCUCUACUGGGAGGAGCCUGAUGGGACAGGACACAAGUACGGCCCUGACAACACCACCGCCAUGGCCCACGCCCUGAAACAGGUGGAUGAGAAUGUGGGUCUUCUGAUGUCAGAGCUGAACAGCACGGGCUUGUGGGGUCGGAUCAACCUGAUUGUGACCAGUGACCACGGCAUGGCCCAGUGUUCCCCCGAACGCAUCAUACGCCUGAACUCCUGUCUCCACCCAGACAACUACACUCUGGUGGACCUAACGCCCGUGGCCGCUCUCAUACCCACAGCUGACACAGGAGUUGUCUUCUCCCUGCUGAAGAAAUGCCACCCCCACAUGACCGCCUACCGAAAGGAAGCCAUCCCUGAUAAGCUGCACUACAGGAACAACAAACAUAUCCAGCCAAUCAUAUUGGUUGCAGACGAAGGCUGGACCAUCGUCCAGCAAGGAGAGCUACCAAGAUUGGGUGACCAUGGCUAUGACAACACACUUCCCAGCAUGCACCCGUUCCUGGCGGCUGUAGGACCGGGCUUCCGUAGCGGUUACAGUCUCCCUAUGUUACAGAGCGUGGACGUGUACCCUCUGGUGUGCCACCUACUCUCCAUCCCCCCAGGGCCCAACAACGGCUCCCUAGCCCAGGCCCGCUGCCUGCUGGCUGGGGAGAGCUGCUCGUCUCUGAUCAUGGUUAUCGGGAUCGUUGUGGGAGUCCUGCUGCUGCUCACCACCUUGACUGGUCUGUUCCAGUUCAUCAAGCCGCGUCCUUCCGCAUCUCGGCCCUUCCAGCGCAUCCAGCUGGAUGACGACGAUGAAGACGACGACCCUCUGUUGGGGUAGCCGGAGGGGCAUCCAUCCCCCAUCCCCCCCUCCAUCCCCCAUCUCCUUCUGCUCCCAACAGCUAAUCAGCAGUCUUCCCUGCCCUCCUGAACCCAGAGUUGUGUUUUCAGCAAAGGGAAUGUACACGAGGAGCUGAGAGGCAGCCUGGUAUGCCAGACUGAUCAGUAACUAAGAGCUGCUGUGGAUUGUUUCAGUAGGCACUGUACAGGUAGUCUUAGCAACUGUAGUCUUGGCAACAAUGGUCUACUUUGAUGUUACUGUCCUGCUGCAGACUACACUUUAAAAAGUGUGUGUGUGUAUGUUACUGCAUGCGUGGAGGGAGGGGUGUGUGUGUGUGUGUGUGUGUGUGUGUGUGUGUGUGUGUGUGUGUGUGUGUGUGUGUGCUUGGGGGGGGUCUUUUAAUGUGGAGUCAAUCUAGAAGGUACUCACUUUGCCUCCAACCAGACAUCUGAAUUACUUGAAUAUGCUACUGAAGAAAAGCCAUUUAAAAUGAUAUGAUUAGGAGAUGCACUCCAGAUAAAAUGUAUAUGUAUGUAUGUUCUUUUAUUUCUGUUGAUGUAAUGAUGUGACAUCAAAAUUCUUCCAUUUGUGCUUUCAUUUAAUUGUUCUUGUGAGGCUAUUUAUUUGGGUUGAAUAGUUACUGCUUUCGUUGUUGAAAACUAUUGAUAAUAUUGAAUGUACACAUACCAGUAGGUUUUUGAGGUCUAUUAUUUAGUAUCCAGACAUUUUUGCUCAGAGAUCUGAGGUAGGUUCAUAAUGUCUAGGGUCUAAUGUUUAUCCUUCUUUGGAUUGUUUGUUUUGGCAAAUAAUGUUCCUUGUGUUUCUGAGUUUUAUCACAAGAUGGAGCCAGGUUUCCCGACUGUUCUCCUGAGUCCUAGUCAGAGGGGGGGGGGGGUUAAACUAAGAAAAUAUUGCUAACCCUUUAUUUGGCCAUCCCUACUCCCUACAGAAUAACUUAUUAAAACUAUCAAGAUACAGUUGCCAGACUCAAUUGUAUUGUUACGAAUAUGCAACAACUGUCUAGUGAGAGUUCAUUAAAGGAAAAUGAGCAGAUGUUUAUGGUUAAUUGAACAUCUAUACUGUCUGUCCAGAUUAAGGACGCCAGUAAUGUAUCUUCUACCAGUAUAUUAAUACAGCGUGUUUGUGGGUGGUUGGCCUUUAAUGGGUAUUCUUUACUGUUGUUGAAGUUUCUAUUAGUGUUAAUGGUUUUCCAAACAGAACUGGGGGUUUUAGUAUUUGUCAGAUUGCGUGAGCUCUGGGUACUGUUAUCAAGAGAGUUGUUAGAUACUCUAAAUGGAGGCAGUAUUUUCCAUUGAUUGCUGUGAGCUUCUCUCAUCACGUGACUGGUGUUUUUGGCUGCCUUGUUUGUAAUGCAAUGGUUAAGUAAGUGUGUGUGUGUGUGUGUGUACGCCAAAGAAGCCCGUCUGUGACCAUCUAUUGUCUGCCAUCCAGCUUUUUUAUGGCCCUAUUAUGCACAAUAUUCCAGUUCAAAAUACGGCACCUUACUCAGAGUGUAGCGGGGGAGUCUUGUGGGAUGGUACAUUGGCUGCCUGUUCUGGUUCUCUGUGCCAGCAUAUUCAUACAUGUUGAAUCACAGGGGUGUCCUGUUACUAUGCAAAACCUGGUCUGCCAUCUUCCUCUGGGUUGAUUCUGAACAGGCAUUAGUCAUCUGGUGUGUGUUUUCCUAUGUGUCAAACAUCACAAUAUGACACCAUAAUUGAAAGAUAACACAAUGAUUGAAUAAAUAUGAAAUAGACUUCA